AGACCUAAGAUCAAAGUAGCCAAAUAAUCUACCAGAAAUCAGAAUAGAAACCAGCAUCCAUGGCAAAGCCACAGGCAUUGGCUGCAGCACUCCUGCUUGCCUUAGUGGUCUCCCUCGCCGCAAUAGAGGGUGCUCAUGGCAUCUGCGGCUUGUCCAACGACGAGUUCAAGCUUUGCCAGCCAGCGGCGGCGGUGAAUAACCCCACAGACGGACCAUCGUCUGAGUGUUGUGCCGCGCUUGGGAAGGCCAACCUGUCGUGCAUCUGCCGUUACAAAGGACUUGCCGGCGUAUGGCUGAGGAUGUACCACAUCGACGCCGCCCGCGCCAUGGCGCUUCCCGGCAAGUGCGGCCUCGCCAUGCCCAGCAACUGUUCGUGAUAAUCCGACGUACUACUGUCUAUAGGCGUCUGGGUGUCAGUCGGUCUAUUAUAAAGCUAAAUAAGUGGAGGAGCACUUGAAAGGCGUUGUGCUGCUGCUCGAUCUUACCGGUGUUGUGUGAUUUGGACGUGUGCUUAUCUCUCUAAGCCAUGGAUACUAGUACUGGAAGUACGCCUAUAAAUGCUGGAAGUGCAAUAUUGAUGGCAAAGAAAUGCCUACAGUCAGUCCCAGAAUUUAAUAUAUUGUAUCGUCAAAAAAAAGAAUUUAAUA